AUGGAUGAGCAAGGGGGCCUCGCAGGCAUUCCAGAUCACACUGAACCUGUGCCCCACUGCCUGACCCACUCAGCAUCGCUGUUAACAGACACUCGCUGCCGUCUGGCCUGGACCCCGCUGGCGCUGCGGGUCCUUCCACCCCAGUUAGGAAGGGUCACCCUGGCGGAAGCCCCUGCCAGGGUUGAGAGCGGCCACUUGGCCGGGGGCGCCGGCUUCGGAGGCGGGAGGGAGGUGGAGGAAGGGAAGGCAGCUGCAGGGCCGACCUGCGGGGUGGGCGUGGGGGGUGGCUGGGGGCGUGAGGCCGGGGGCUCGGGGCCGCAGGGGUUCGGCCUGGAGGAGCGGCGUGGGCGCGCCGGGGCCCCGAUUCCAUCCUGGGCGGGUCGGCCCCGCAGCCGCUGCGCUCGGAACCCCCUAGGCGCCCCGCAGUACCCGGCGUCCUUCCUGCCUCCUCCUCGCCCCUGUCCUCCGUCCGAGCCCCAGUCCCGCAGACCCUGCCGGCGCCUCCGCCCUCCCGCCCUCGGCUUCCCACGACCUCGGCGCGACGCGCGCGGGAUCCAGUGGAGACUGCUUUCCCACAGGCCGCCGUCCAGGGCGGGGAAGGGAGCGGACCCUCCCGGCUCCACGUUCCUGGGCCCCCGGCGGCCUGCGGAGGCCUCGCCCCACGCCACCCACCCACUGGCCUCGUCUUCGCGCGGGGAGAAAAGCAGUCUGAUUCGGAGGAACGGAUUGCUUGAGGCGGCUCCCAGCUCGAGUUAUGGGCCCUGCCGCGGGUGCCCUUCGGAAACGCGCGGACACCAGGCGAAGCCGCCUCUGCCGGGACGCAGCCCGACACUUGCGCGCGGUGUUCCCCGGGACGCCUGAGAGUAAUGGGCGCGAGGGGGAGAGCCGAACGGCCUCCCUGUGCCCGGCGCAGGCGGUGCCCCCUAGCUGGGUUCGCCGCGGCGGCGCUGCCAGCCCCCGACACGCAGGACUUUUGGUCCAACAGCCCGACGGGGCCCGGUGCGCCGUUCCCUCCGCCCUCUCCCCGCUCCCCGGCCCGCGUGUCUUGGAGGGUGGGUGAACUGUCGCAAGCGCUCUAUGCCUGGCCAACCCAAACCAGGAACCUCCGCACCAAACAGCCCACGUUGCUGCUGCUCUGGGGCUUUAGCGGCCAAGGGAGACUGGAGAAGGGGUGUUCUGCCUUCCCAUUCUCUUAGGCCCGGCCACUCCCCAUCCCCACAGUUUGGAAGUGGCCUUUUCUGAAGACUCCAGCGCAAAGCAUGUUUCUUCUUUUGAGCUGCGGAAGCCUUCCUUGUUCCCACCAUUGGGAGGGCAUUCCAUCAUCUGCGGUUGCUUUCCUCGGUGGGCCUUGUCCCUUAGCGUCCACCUAGGGGACAUUCUAAGCUUCCUGAGACCUGCUUGUCCACCCCAACAUGUCCCAGCAUAUGGCUGUGCCCUAAGGGGUCUUUGAGGGCAUUUUAGGCGGUGAGCGGCGCCCCUACCUGGGCUCCGAGGGGCCGAUUCGGUUUGCCCUUUGCUGGCAUGUCAGUGAAUUAACUGCCGUCCUUGGGAUGACCUGCCCUAUGAUUUGGCCUCUGGAGCAUCCCGGGUGUGUAUUUCAGAACUCCUCCCAUCUUAUCCACCUGCUGAAGGCCUGUCCCCCGGAUAUGGUUUGGCUCUGUGUCCCCACUCAAAUCUCACCUUGAAUUUUAAUAAUCCCCACGUGUCAUGGGCGGGACCAGGUGGAGGUAAUUGAAUCAUGGAGGUGGUUUCCUGCACACUGGUCUCGUGACUGUUGAGUUCUCACAAGAUUUUUUUUUUUUUUUUUUUUAACGGAGUAUCACUCUGUCACUCAGACUGGAGUGCAGUGGCGCAAUCUCGGUUCACUGCAACCUCUGCCUCCCGGGUUCAAGAUUCUCCUGCCUCAGCCUCCCGAGUAGCUGGGAUUACAGGUGCGCGCCAUCACGCCCGGCUAAUGUUUUUGUAUUUUUAGUAGAGACAGGGUUUCACCAUGUUGGUUAGGCUGGUCUCGAACUCCUGACCUUGUGAUUUGCCUGCCUUGGCCUCCCAAAGUGCUGGGAUUACAGGUGUGAGCCACCGCGCCCAGCCAAUUUGAUGCUUUUAUAAGGGGCUUCCCCCGUCCCCCUUCCUCUCUCUCUUGCCGCCCUGUGAGGAAGGUGCCUUUUUCCCCCUUCACGUGAACUGCCUCCAUGAUUGUAAGCUUCCUGAGGCCUCCACAGCUAUAAGGAACUGUGAGCCAAUUAAACUGCUUUAUAAAUUAA